UGCAGGGCUCCAGCUGAGCCUGCAUGAGGGGCGCACAUGAGGACGUCGCCACGAACUUCAACGUCAAGUUCAGCCUUCAAGCAAAGAGGGCGGCAUUGUGAUCUGCAUUUCCAUCAGUAGGAUUUUGAAUCUGAAGUGGUGCAAACGCGGUCAGCAUUCCAACCUAGAAUCAGGUGCGCUGGUGCACGCAUUACGCGCGCAUGUUUACAAACCUCUGUCGCAAAUCUCUCUCUGUAUUCUCUAGGAAAUCUAUGGCUGAAGGCAUCACCAUCGUCUCAGAGAUGGACCUGGCAGUGGUCCAAGAAGAGGAGAAGGCAAUUGACGUGGGCGGGACAGUGCUUGAAAAGGUCUCUGUUGAAAUGCUGCAUGAGAAAGUCUCUUUGGAGACGCCCACGCAGACCCCAGAGAAGCAACCGGAGGCUGGUGUAGCUGCAGCUGCUGCAUUUGGAUCACCCGCUGGUACUAGUGAGCAGGAUCAUUUGAUGGCCUUGGCCAAACAGGCUGGCUACUCCGAUGGCGUCCCCCGUGACUCCCGGGGCGAGGGGCCACCUUUUGCACCCCAAGGGUGGGGCUGGAGGGUGGGACCCAGGGCCAGGAUCAGCGGCAAGGGCAGUUACGUGGACAGCUUCCGGAAGCACCCUGACGCCCCGGAGUUUGGCUCUAAAAAGGCGGUCGGAGCGUUUCUCAGGGACGUGCUGCUCCUGCCGGCAGAGCAAGUGGAGGAGAUCCAGAACUCAUAUGAGUGGCACAUCCCUGCAAGCUCAGAGGAAAUCCGGAAGGACCUUGACAUAACGGGCAAAGCCUCAGGAAGCCGCGGCAAGCGCAAGAGCUCGGCGCUUGCGUCUCCACAAACCGGCUCUGCAAAGAAGAGGGACCCGUCUGCCGACUCGGAUGUGAAAAUUGUGGAGCCUGCUGAAGCAGAGCAAGCUCCCGACGACCUCCCCACCCUGGACGAAAUCCUCGCCAACCCCGACAACUGGCCGUCCAUCGCCAAGCGCAUCCGGCGCAUCGGACGGUCCUCCCCAGGCCACAUGGCGUCCCUCGCGGAGGAAGCCAAGAAGCGGGACUUGGGCGACCUUCGGACCCAGCUGCUGGGCUUUUCGGACGCCCUGGUGUCCGACCGGGUCGCCACGCUGCCGCACGGGCUGGUGGCGCUCGUGGCGCUCGUCGUGACGGAGGGCAAGGUGGAUGACGUGGAGAAGAAGAAGAUGAAGAUUGCGGACCUGGCCGCUGCAAUCAGGGGCGAGGUCCAGCCAAAGGCAAACGGAAAGGGGACCGACCUUUCUCCAGCUGCUGAGGGAGGUAAAGGGCAGCGGAAACGGAAGUCGUCUUUCAGCAGCCCGAAGGCUGCGAAGGGCGACGUCGAGAAGGGCAAAGGUGCAACGAAACGCACACGGAAGGGCGUCGAGGAGGCCGCAGCAAAGACCGAGGAAGCUGCGCAGACGAUGAAGUCGAUCCUGGAGCUGAAGCCGUCCGUGUCCGCGCUGUCGGUCACGGUGGACGAGGACGAGCCGUCGGAAGAGGAGGUCGAGCAGGCGUGGGCCUCGGCUGGUUCCGUGCUUCCGUCCCUUCCGGCUGAUGAUGCACCGGAACUGCCAAUCGCAGCUCCAGGGACUCCCGCCGCAGCGGAGCAGGCCGCAGGCACUCAAGUGGUGCCGGUCGACGAAACUCCGGGGCCCUCCACAGCACAAGCGGUCGCCCCCGCGGGCCCCGUCACGGUGCAGGACCUGGAGAUCCUGGAGUACAAGCGCAAGCUGCACAAGCUGGAGCGGAUCAAGCGCGAGUGGGUCGACGCCUUCGACGAGAAGCUCGCCAUCUACAGGGCCCACAAGGAAGCUCUAGAGCACCUGGUGGCCCGGCGCAAAGAGGAGCAGGAGGCGCAGCGCAAGAAGAUCGAGGAGGAAAAGACGAAGCUGCAGCAAGCGUACGAGACGGCGGUGCGCGACAUCCAGGCGCUCGAAGCCCUGAUCGGCAUUCCCGACACUGCGGCUGAAGAGCUGGCUAAGCCCAAGUCCCCGUGGGAGACGUCGUUCGGCGGCACGGUGCAGACGGCGCGCGAGGCGAAGCAGGCCGAGUGGCAGGACUCCCUGCGCGAGCUGAACGAGGCGCGCAGAAUGAACGUGGAGCAGCUGAAGCGCAAGGUGGAGGUGUACGUCAAGCUGGGGCGCAAGAUCCCGGAGGACCAGAUCCAAGCCGAGCGUGAGAAGAGCGGCAAGGAGUUUGAGGACCUGAGCAAGUGCCUGGAGGAGCAGAAGGGGCUGAUGGAGGCGGAACUAGAGCGGGUCAACCAGAUGGAGGCCGAGGCCCGCAAGGCGUUCGUCAACUACAAGGCCCAGGCGAAUCGCGUGGAGAAGGAGAAGAGCAAGCUGCAGCAGUUGCUGAAACAGGGGGUCGUGUAGGCGGGAAUUGGGAGGGGGGGAGCAGAAGAGGCUGAAGUAGGGGGUCGUGUAGGCAGGGAAUCUUAGGAUGGACGGGAGAUGUCAUAUCCAACGAAACGCUUCGUGUCUGCUUUUGAGUAAAAGUGGGAAGAAUGGUAGGGAACCGCAUGGCUGUGAGUUUAGGCGUGCAUAUAAGAUGGGGCUUUGGGAUCGUAUGGCCCGGCAACUUGGGGCAGCAUGGAUCGGUUUCGAAUAUGUCAAAUUGGACCGGACCGUCUAAGUCCGAUGAAUUUGUGUGUAGCAAUUUGAGAGCCUGGUUGACCUUCUGCGCAAAAACUGCCAAGUCAGCGGAACUUCAAAAAGUAAAGAGCAACGAAGAGUCGAAGUUUUAGCAAAAAGCCUAGCUAAAGUAUGACUUACAAACAAAGUCUGCAAGGAAGUCUGGACCUUCAAGCUCCGGUUUAACUCCUGUCUGAGGCCGGAUCAUUACCAAAAAAAUUCUGCCACAGUGACCUUGAUCUGUUAGUUGGUUCGCCGUCAUGACGGUUGCGUGGGCGACUG